AUGGGUAACACAAAUCAUGCAUCGAAUAAAGUAGGAGUCAGUACUGUUGCCAAGAAACGAACUGAACAAGGUGGAAAUCCAUCGAUUAAUCCAACUAAAGUAGAUGACAAAGCAGCAAAAUGGGUAUUAUCAGAACGUGAUAUUAAAUUUCUUUGUUCACAGACUGGUUUACCAGAAAAUGAAAUUCGUACAUGGCACGAAAAAUUUUUUCAUGAUAAUCCCGAUGGUCGUCUUGAUCGAGAUGAAUUUCGUAAAAUAUUUCGUAUACUUCGUCAAGAAUCUCCUGACAGUUUAGACAAUAUAUGCGAUCAUGUAUUUCGUGCAUUCGAUGUUGAUGGUAAUGGUUUUGUUGAAUUCGGUGAAUUUUUACUUGGCUUUGCUAUAUGUUCACGUGGUGAUCUUCGAUCGCGAUUAGACUAUGCAUUUGAAUGUUAUGACUUAGAUUCAAAUGGUUUUAUUACAGAAGAUGAAAUUGAACCUGUCCUUCGAGGAAUGUAUACUUUACUAGGCAUAAAACAUUCCGCAGACUAUCCGCCAGAGAUUGCCGCCAAAGAUUUAAUGAACAAAUUAGACUUAACAAAAGAUGGACGUGUUACUAAAGAUGAAUUUAUACAUUUUCUUAUGAAAGAAGGAAUGUAUAGAAACACGGUUAAUCCAUUUCAUUAA